AUGCUGCAAUACGUCUAUAGGUUAUUUGGUGAUGAUGAAAACGCUGAUACGGCAAAUUUGUCAGAUUCUCCUACGGAUGGCACUUCACAGAAUCGGCCCAAUGAAACAGCUUCAUCGCUAUCCUGGGAUCUACGAGUACAAUGUUUUCUUGGCUGCCUUUGUUUGUCCAUAAUAUGCUCUUUAGGUGGAAGCACCCUACUUUUUACAUGGAGAGUUACCGGUUUUACUGUAAUGACAUCUUUGGGUAGUAUUCUGUCACUCCUUGGGACAUGUUUUUUAAUGGGCCCUUUAAGACAGUUACAAAAAAUGUUUGAACGAGGACGUUUCUUGGCAUCACUUAUGUAUUUACUUUCUAUAGUCUUUACAUUAAUAGCCGGCCUUGUUUUUUCGAAUCCUCCUCUGGCGCUUGUUUUCGUCAUUGGCCAAUACAUUGCAAUGACCUGGUAUUCUAUAACAUAUAUACCUUUCGCACGGUAUGACUUUUAUUAUUUAACACAUGCUUGCAUUAUCAAUCUUUCUUGCACGAAGCGAUAUCGUCACUGUGCUGCAACUGGUUUAGCUGACGAACAGUCGGUAAAUAAAUUUCGAGAAACAUGGGCGUCCUAA